GCGCCGCCCCGCGCGCAGCCGACCGUCCUGGACGCCAUGCGCGCGCUGCUGCGGCUGCUGCGCACCGGCCGGGGGUGGCGCGCGGACGCCCCCUCUGCGGCCUGCCUGUGGGGGGGAGCGAAUGCGGUGACCCAGCCGCGCCGCGCCAUGACCCUGUACCGCACGGAGGAACGCGGCCAGCCCUACUCGCCGGAUUACCGCCUCUUCUUCAAGAAUGUAGCUGGUCACUACAUUUCCCCCUUUCAUGAUAUUCCUCUGAAGGUGGACUCUAAAGAGGAAAAUGGCAUUCCUACAAAGAAAGCACGGAAUGAUGAAUAUGAGAAUUUGUUUAAUAUGGUUGUAGAAGUACCUCGGUGGACAAAUGCUAAAAUGGAGAUUGCCACCAAGGAGCCAUUGAAUCCCAUUAAACAAGAUGUAAAAAACGGCAAGCUGCGCUAUGUGGCGAAUAUUUUCCCUCACAAAGGUUAUAUAUGGAAUUAUGGUGCCCUCCCUCAGACUUGGGAAGAUCCCCAUCGAAAAGAUAAGAGCACAAACUGCUGUGGAGAUAAUGAUCCUAUUGAUGUUUGCGAAAUAGGCUCAAAGGUUCUUUCUCGUGGAGAGGUUAUUCAUGUGAAGAUACUGGGAAUUUUGGCUCUGAUUGAUGAAGGUGAAACAGAUUGGAAAUUAAUUGCUAUCAAUGCAAAUGAUCCUGAAGCUUCAAAAUUUAAUGAUAUUGAUGAUGUUAGGAAGUUCAAACCAGGCUACCUGGAAGCUACCCUUAACUGGCUUAGAUUUUAUAAGGUGCCAGAAGGAAAACCAGAAAACCAGUUUGCAUUUAAUGGAGAAUUCAAAAACAAGACUUUUGCUCUUGAAGUUAUAAAAUCCACUCAUGAAUGUUGGAAAGCAUUGCUUAUGAAGAAGUGUAAUGGAGGCUCUAUAAAUUGCACAAACGUUGAGGUAUGCGAUAGUCCUUUCCAUUGCACUCAAGAUGAAGCAAGAUCAUUAGUAGAAUUGGUAUCAUUUUCACUGAAUCAAGAAAGUAAUAAAGAAGAUCAAAUGUGGCACUUCCUUGGCAAGUGAUGGGAGCAUUUGAAAUUCUGCCAUCAAGAUUCUAAACUCCAAGGACUCCAAGUCUUCCUUUUCCCCUAGUGCAGAGACAGGCAGGUCUAUGAGCAUUUGCUGACUUACUGUGAAAACUUCCUUUUUUCAAACUUUUUAAGAAAUGAAAUAUAUAAAUAAAUACUAAAAUUUUUGCAUUA